CUGUUGGGAAUUCCAGGGCUAGAAGCUGUGCACCUGUGGGUUGCUAUUCCAUUGUGUGUUGUGUAUGUGACUCUCUUACUGGGAAAUGUCGCAAUUCUUUCUGUGAUUGAGGCAGAACGUAACCUCUAUCAGCCCAUGUUUCCUUCCUGGCCAUUCUGUCAUCUAUGGACCCGGGCCUAUCCACAUCCACCAUCCCCAAGAAGCUUGGCAUAUUCUGGGUCCAUCUGAGAGAAAGAGGCUUUGAGGGCUACCUUACCCAGAUGGUCUGCAUCCCCCUCUGUACGGGCAUGGAGUCGGCUGUGCUCAUGGCCAUGGCCUAUGAUCGCCACGUGGCCAUCUGUCACCGUCUUCGCUACACACAGGUGCUGACAGACAAGGUGCUAUCAGCCAUGGUAUUGACCGUCCUCCUCAGACCUUUGUCCUCUGCAAUCCCCUUUGUUCUACUCAUCCUAAGGUUACCCUUCUGUGGACUCCGAAUUAUCGCUCACACUUACUGGGAGCACAUGGGCACUGCCCGUCUGUCCUGUGCCAGCAUCAGGGCCAACAUCGUCUGUGGCUUAUGUGCCAUCUCUAAUUUGGUGUUUGACAUCAUAGCCAUUGUCACCUCCUAUGUCCAGAUCCUCCGUGCUGUCUAUUGCCUACCAUCCAGGGAUGCCCGGCUAAAGGCACUCAGUACAUGUGGCUCUCACGUCUGUGUCAUGUUGGCUUUCUACACCCCGGCAUUUUUCUCCUUCACGACCCACCGUUUCGGCCGAAACAUUCCUCAAUACAUCCACAUUCUCCUUGCCAACAUCUACGUUGGCAUCCCACCUGCUCUCAACCCUGUUAUUUACGGGAUCAGAACCAAGCAGAUAAGAGAAAGGGUAAUUAGAAUUUUCAGAAAUAAAUUAUGAAAUUUGGUCUUCAGAGAUUAAGAGGCUUGAGUAAGAGUAAAUGCAACCUCUUCUCUCCUCUCAAGAUUGAACAUUACAUAAAUGUCUGGGGAAGAUUAUAUUCUAUGAUGGGUAGAUUCAGAAAGUCAUUCAUCUUAGAAACAAGAAUCCAUGAGACAAUAAUAAAUAUUUAAUAUGUGUAUGUCUACCCACAUAUCAUGAAUGUCAGCAACAUGAUAAAAAAAUAACAUCUAUAUAAAAAAUGCACAAAGUUGAUAAAAACUAAUAUAAUACUCAUUUAUAAACACACACGAUGAGCCAAACAGUUUUCAUAACUUUUCAAGUUUUAACUUGUUGAAUUCUUAUAACUACAAAAUAAGUAGCCAGUUCUUAUUAUUCCUUUUCUAUAGCCCAGAAAACUGGGGUAACAACAUGGUAUGAAAAAGUAUUUAAGGAGGUCACAGGAGAAAUUCAUCCAUCUGAAGAGACAGAACCUUUCAGCAUGGGAAAGUGGCUGUGUUUUAAACAGUGGUAGGGGACAGUGAAACACUCAUAAAGCUAGUUUUCAGCUAAUGAAACAUAACACAAUAUUAAGCAAAAUAUUUAUGUACUUACCAAACAAAAAGCAUAUAUGCCCUAAGAUUUUUCUUUUCCUUUCUUUUUUUUUUUUUUCCACAGGGGUCCUUUGCGCACAGCAACUAGAAAUUCUUGGGCUGGGGAUCAAACCUGCGCCUCGGCAGUGACCCAAGCUGCUGCAGUGACCACACCAGAAUUUUUUUUUUUUUCCGCUGUACAGCAUAGGGACCAAGUUCCUCUUACAUGUAUACAUUUUUCCCCACCCUUGUUCUGUUGCAAUACACACCAGAUUUUUAACCCAAUGCACUACAAGAGAACCCCCCUUAGACUUUUCCUUACUAAUGUUUUCAUCAAAAUAUUCAAUGAAUCUAUAAAAGUCAACCACGUGAUAUUAUAGAUCUCUCAGUUGGUAGAAUUGGUCUAUGGACAAGUCAUUCAACAAGUGUCCAGGAAAAGAGCAUAUGCAAUAAUAAUAUUGUAUUUGAUCUUAAUAUUAUAUUGAGGCAAGUGGCAAUUGCCUGAGUACAAUACUGUUAGAAUAGAAACUGCUUUAUUUCUCAGCUAACUAUAUAUAUAUGUGUGUGUGUGUGUGUGUGUGUGUGUGUAAAAUACAUGUGUGUAAAAUAUACAUAUAUGUAACAUGAACAUUCAAGAACUAGAGAAAAAAUAAGUAUAUAGAUUUUAUAUGUAAAUAGGUUACAAGACACCACUAGUAAGAAUAAUUGGCUUCUUAUAUAGGAUACAUGCAGGAAAAAGCAGCCCACAAUUUCAUAUGAUUUAAGAAUUAUAGAAACACUUUGAAACAAGAGGUAAUGUCUAAUAUUUCCUGACACUUUAUAAUGUUCUAGGAACUACAUGUGAUUCUUUAUGUAGUUUAUAUCUUUAAUGAGUAAAGAUUCAGAAGUUAAGUGACAUACACAACUAUUAUGUACAAAACUUUAAAUGCCUUAGUUUCAGUGUAGUUUCCUUACUCUUCUACAUAGUUUAAUAUAGAAACAGACUGUGAAAACAGACAAACAAAGGUUAAGAAAAUAUUUAGAUGUCAAUAUGUUAUACAACUUAAAAUGAAAUUAUAUAAAUAAUGUAUUGAGUAUAUAAAAUAUAAUAUUUAAUAUAUUAAAUAUAGUUAAUUUAAUUUAAUAUGUAUAAAAUAAUGAGCAUAGCUCUUAAGUCUUAAAUAAAGCA